CCUGUCCACGUGGCUAUUCAAGGAACAGUUUAAACGGCUGUUCGAGGCUCGUUCAUCAAGCCGCAUCAUGGGCGGAGUCACGUGUGACGUGUCAGCGAGACAACCAAUCAGAUCUUGUCAUCGUCGAUUCGAAAGAGGAGUUUGAUAUGAUGGUGCAAUUGGCUCGAAAUUGGCAGCUAAACAUGUUAUGGAUAGGUUUGAGAGAAGUUCCUCUUGUCAAAUCCCUGGUUUGGGUUGAUGGAUCGCAGUUAUCCUUUUCGGAUGAUCUUGCUUCACUGGUCCCAAAAAGUCGGCCCAGCCUUAGCCCCAUCCAUGCUGCAUCAUCACCUAGGCAGUCAUGCGUUGGCAUCAACCUGACCAGCGGAACGAUGGAGUUAGUGGACUGUUCCAAAACUUCUGCAUUCAUGUGUGAAACUCGAUCUCACUGUCCACGAGGUUUCGUUCUUGACACCAAUGGACACUGCUACCGAUAUGUGACCAAUCAGCCCACACCGUGGAACAUAGCGCGGGCUGACUGCCGGAAAGCACCGGGGGGAGAUCUGGCCAUAACCGACAAGGAACCAGGCAAGGAAAGUCAGUUACUCCUGGAAAGGGUUCGACCCAGAGUAACAGAUCUGUGGAUAGGCUUGUAUCAUGAAGCGCCCUCUGGUGUCUGGAAGUGGGUAGAUGGCUCGACGCUGAUGAAUGGUGCAUGGAAGUCAGGGGAACCAAAUAACCUGAAUGGUCUUAGAAACUGUGCGGAGAUUGACACUCAUGCACGCUGGAGCAAUACGGACUGCAGUCGAAACUUCUCUUACGUUUGCGAAAUACAAGAAAACGGGGAAUGCUUCAUUAACACUGACGGCAGCGACUACAUGGGUCACGUGAACAUCACUGCAACUGGAGGCAAAUGCUCCAAUUGGAACAGAGAUUCAUUGAGCGCCCUCAACGUUGAGGCCAUCUCGGAUGCUGUAUGGUCAGAUCUAGUAGGUCAUAAUUACUGUCGCAAUCCUGGCGGUCUUAGGGACUCGGCCUGGUGCAUAGAAAACACGAUUGAUGGGUCGCCGACCUGGCAAUCUUGCUAUAUUGGUGAACCACAGGUUACAUGCAUUGAAGAUUGGAAGCGAACCACGCCGCGUAGUUUUGCUACACCAUGUACAAAUCGACAUGCUUGUGAUCGUGGUCAUACCUGUCAUCCUGUUGCACGGGAGUGUAUCUGCCCUAGUGGCUAUGAAGGAGGUUACUGCCGUCAGCCAUGCGCUCCUGGUAAAUACGGCCAUGACUGUAACUUCAACUGCCCACCAUGCCCUGCUGGAGGUACUUGCCAUCACGUGACGGGCGAGUGUCCACACAAGGACGAGGGUGACGUCAACGAUCAAUUAGGCGGGAAUCCACCAGUAACAUGUGGAGGGAUAUGUCGUCUAGCUGUGCGUGUCGGCUGUGUGUGUGAUAGUACCAAUGGUUCAUGUCCCUGCCCGGCGUACGUGGUUGCCUUACUCGCAAUCGUCAUCGCAACCUGGGUCGUCCUAGGUUUCGCCUGUCUGGCUUGCGGCAUCAUCCGAAGACGUAGAACUUUCACAAGAGUUGAAUACAAGCGUGACUCCGACUACUGCGAAGAAAUUGGUACCGACUCGGACACAGAUGACGAGUUGGGAAACCAGCAGGUUUCCGGUCAGCCGACAAAAGAAGUAGUUUGCCAGCCCUCAGUUGGUACUACAGUAGGUAUCAUGGACAACUUCGAGUCAAGUACAGCAGUUCUUCUCCAUAAUGCACACCAUGGCAGACCGUCUGCACUUCCUACAGCACCCCCUCUGCCAAUGGACUCUCCAGCUGAUGAAUCACCACCUCCAUCGCCCUUCUACCUGAAUGUGACCCGCUACCGUGACGAAACCGAGUACUCCGAUCCAUACGAGCUUCUAGGUCGGGAGCCAAUCUGGAGGCGCUCCGCCCCCGGCCCAGAUGAGGUCUGGGAACCAUUCCUAUUCCGCCCUGUGACCAACAUAGAGGAACUGAACAACGCCCCUAACGGCUACGUGAACGAUUCCGUCAUCAAACUGAAAGAGAAAAGGCGAACAAAUCGAGGAAACCACGUGCCGUAUCGACUUCGAUUCUCCUUCAGGAGUAAAGAACUUGGGAACAAAGCGGCAGCUUCAGUUGCUGGUGAAACUCAACACAAACGCACUUUCAAACAGAAACCUCCUGUAAAGCCUAAGCCGGACAAUAUCAAACUGCGACCCCUUUCUGGCAAGAACACGGGUAGCACCAGACAAACUUGUGAUGGGUCUGGGACAUUAUCACGCAGGUCAGAUCCACAGAGCAGUACGAUCCGUCGUGAUGAGUUUGAGCUCCAGAUAAUCGGUCGGCAUUCACCAACAACGUUAACACGUCAUUCAACAGAUACCAGACGGCAUAAGUUCCAGAGGGGAACUUCGGUUCCGAAUUCAGGAACCUGUUGCCAAGAGGAUCAGGACUUGGCAGCUCUGGUGUCAGAAGGUCAUGUCUACGUAAACGAGAAAAUCGGACGGCCUCGUGUUUCCAAAGCAAGAAGUGUGGACGAAUUUGGCGCGUAACUGAGAGGAAGAAAACCUCAUCAACCGCGGUGGAUCAGUUUACUUUGCUUCAAAAGACUUGACCAUCUGAAAACCUCGACAGAAGUCGAACUGAAUAUAAAAUUUCUUUCGUGAAAGAAUAAUUUAUACUUGUUUAACAUUAUAUAGGUUUUCAACUUUAACACUUGAAUUAUUAUAAAUUCCAUGCAAAAAUAAUUUCGUUCUUUUUAUCAUUCAUUUAAAUACCUGCAGGAUCAUUCAAUUUCGUUAGUGCCAAGCUAAAACAUUACGGUCAAAUUAUGUUUGUAAUCUCUUCGUUAUGUUUUCUUGCCCUCUAAGUUCACCUUCAAACGUGUAUUAUGCACGAACUGAAUAUGAAUGACCGUAGCGCGAAAGUGAAUGAUAAAACAAGUUCAACGCCAAUCACCACAUGAGACGAAUUUCCCGAAACUAGGACGAAUGAGAAUGCUAUAUUCGCGAAUUACACUGGACUAAAAUUUGAAAUCUAAUUAAUGUAAAUUCUAAAUUGGAUUUAACAAUCGAGCCCAACGACGUUCUGAAACGAUAUUGAAGUGUCUUUCCAUGGAAUUUGAAUAAUACAAAUGUUCUAUUUCAAGAGGAUGUUGAUUGCUAAUCGUUAUGUUUAUGCAUCUUGUAAAAAAAAUUGUAUAGAGGGAAUGAUACAUAAUUUAUUUACACUCUUUUAAAGUGAAUGAGUCAAAAUACGGACUGUUUUCUCUAAUUAUAUAUUGACUGCAAAUCUAGUCAACGAAAAACGUGCUAUGUCGAUAUUUCUAUAUUUUUUUCCGGCCAAUACUUCCGACCACCAGUAAUUAAGUUUACCUUGACCAAUUUCAGAUACACUCAGGUUUACUCCCGAUACCAAGCCAAGUUUUAAUGUUUUUAUAGUCAUGUCUGCAUGACUCUAUUGCCAUUAUGCAUGCAUUCCCAGUUUAUUCUCUCUUGUUAUUGCGCGCUUUAUAAACAAUAAUGUUGUUUUCCUUGAUAAUUUUCAGUGAGGCCUUUGGACGGUACGUUAAUCAUUUCAUGCAGGUUAUAUAGCAGAUGGUGGUGACGUUAACGGUGAUUCACCCUAUCAGUGCGAAGUGUCCGCCGACGACAGCCUGGUAUAAUAUAUGUAUCAACCCCGUGCAAUUUAGUUAAAACUGCAGGAAGUAAACGUAUAGGGAAAGGGCGUGAAGUUGUAUAGUGCGGCACGGCAAGGCACUUCAUGGCAUAAUUGUCAGCCAGUCAGACUGUCUUUUAUCAAUCGGAACUAUUUUAAAGACAUCGCAAAAAGCUCACAUGGACAAAAAUACUCUUGAAAAACCUGCGAUAUCGUUAAAAAUGAUGAAGUCUUAAACGAUUCGCGAUGUCACGAUAUUUAGAUAGUGACGUGUUUUUUUUCAAAUGCAGCAAAAGUAGUUAAAUAUAAUUGGUUCAAUGUCUGUUGUAAAGGAUUCAUCAGCUAAUCAACCACAUACUUUUUGUGUAUUGAUAUUGAAUGAGCAUCAAAUCAGCUGGGCUGUUUCAGUAAUCAAACUCUGGGAUUUUCAUUAGUCGUUAUUAUAAAAAUGAAUAUAUUUUGCUUGUGCGUGUCGUAGCGUCCGGUUGGGUACAUCAUCAAUUAUGCAACAACCCACUGAAAUAGGCACAUCUCAUUAUAAUGGUCAGUGAUUAAUCCCAGUUUCAAGUUUAUCAAACGUAUUGUUUGGAGAAAAAUCUGCAGAGUGAGACUUAUCGUGUGGGAAAAAGCAACAAACAGCAAUAAAAGAAACACUCUUAUGACCUUAAAACGGGGUUAUGGCUUCACCCGAACGCCUUAAACGUUUGUGUAAACAACGAUUCAUACAGUGAUUGAGACUGACAAAUAAAGACAACGAAAUAUAACCAAUAUGUAAAGCAAUAUAUAUUACUAUGAGAAAUGAAAUUGUAUGUGUUUGAAAGAAUCGAUAAUUUUUGUGUCACAAUUUACCAGCUGUUCUGCAUAAACUCAAACA